UAUCCAGGACCAGGCUCUCAUUCCUGAAUUUUUGAAGGAUAAGGAACUAAGUGAACUAGUUUCCAAGACAACCUGCUGUUGGUCCCCCCCACCCCAAGGGGGGCAAGGAAAUGGGUGACCUGUGGUUACUCUUGCUCCUGCCUUUGUCCCUGGGGGGCUUCCAUGGGGCCAAAGGCUGUUUGGAGUGUGACCCCAAAUUCAUAGAGGAUAUUAAGGCCUUAUUGGCAAAGCUGAUACCCUCAGAAGUCCCUGGCCGAACUGAACUGAUUGAACGGCAGUUUAAGGAGAUGAUGCAUUUAAGCUUCAAGGUCUCCCACAAGAACAAGAUUCUUCGGGUGUUGGCUGUUCAAAAGGUUGUCAAGUUGAGAAUGUGGUUGAAGAAUGAAUUUUAUAAGCUGGGCAAUGAAACAUGGAAAGGUGUCUUUAUUAUUCAAGGAAAGCUUCUUGAGGUCCGUCAAAACCUGGACUCCAAAUUGAAUGAAAUACUAAAGAGCUUCUCUGAAGUUGCUUGUUCUGAAGAUUGCAUCGUGACUGAAGGUCCCAUCCUUGAUUGUUGGACAUGCCUUCGCAUCACCACCCGGUGCUUCAAAGGAGAAUAUUGUGGAGAGGAUGACCCAAAAAAGGCUGAGAGUCGAGAGAUUGGACUGUUUCUAAUAUUGCUGACAGAAACUGGAAUAUUGGCAAGUGCUGUGUUACUAUUCCAUAUUUGUGUCAUUCAUCGGAGGAGGAUGAAAAGAAUACGAAAUACACUAAAGAAAUACUUGGAGAAGAAACUUGAAGAAUUAAUAGGAAUGGAAGAUAAAAAAGAGGAGAAAACAGAUUCUCAACCCAGAAAAUAAAUACAUAGACACAGACUGGAGGUCUUUCAUGAUUCUCUUAAGCAUUGACUCAGAGCAGGAAACCGGGAACUAAGCUCUUUGUUGGUCAUAAAGUAAUAAUGUUUUAAAACUGAAAUAGAACUUAGUUUCUCUAGUGAAGAUCCUUAUUGAUAUCCAGAGGCAAUGGAAACAGUGAGAGGGCAAAGGAUUUACCUUGAGAUGUAAGGAAGGAAUAUUGAUAUUUUAUAAUGCACAUAAAAUGAUAUGUUGGCUGACAAUAAAGAAUGUUUUGUUAGUAACUCUUAUUAAUGGGUAAAUUAGGACAACCUUUACAUUUCUAAGGCUACUUUUUAUUUCUGUCAUUGUUUCGUUACUGUUUCCAUGUUCAUCAGCUACAAUACAUAAAUCCUCCUUAAUAUAACAUUAAACUAAUCAUCAUACCAUACAGGUAUAUCCUAAUGAAAAAAAGUCAAAGGGUGGCAUUUUGAUGCAGCAAACUGAGGCUUAAUUGGCAUUCCACAUCUAUGUGUCAUUUCUUUUAAUUUUUAAAAAUGAUUUAGUUAUUUGAAAGGCAGAGUUACAGAGAGACAAAGGCAGAGAAGGAGAAAGAUCUUCCAUCCACUGGUUCAGUCUCCAAAUGGUUGCAAUGGCCAGAGCAGGGCCAAAUCAAAGCCAGGAUCCAGGGGCUUCUACUGGGUCUCCCCUGUAGGUACAGGGCCCAAGCAAUAAGGAUAUCUUCUACUACUUUCCCAGACACAUUAGCAGGAAGCUGCAUCAGAAAUGGAGCAGCCAGGACUUGAAGUGGGACCCAUAUGGGAUGCAGUUCUGUAGGCAGUGGCUUUACCUGCUACAACACAGAGUGGCCCCUAUCUAUGUGUCAUUUCAAGUCCUGGCUUUUCCACUUCCCAUCCAGCUCCCUGCUAAUGCAUUUGGGAAGGCAGCAGAUCAUGGCUGAAGUGUUUGGGCCCUCAACACUCACGCAGGGGAUCCAAAUGUAAUUCAUUGCUCCUGACUUCAGCCUAACCCAGUCCUAGCUGUUGUGGCCAUUAGGGAGUGAACGGUUAUGUGGAAGAUCUCUUUUCCUCACUCUAUGUCACUCUGCCUUUCAGAUAAAUAAAUCUUUAAUAUUGAUAAAAAACUCCAAAAUAUUAAUCUUAGGUAGCUAAGGUUUGUCCCAGUCAUGUCCCCCUAAACCUUUGUUCCAAGACCAAGCUGGAUGUUAUUUUUAAGUUUUGUUUUCCAUUAUACACUUUUUAUAUGAUAUAAAUAGUACUUUAUAUCUAUUAUCUACUUUAAUUCUCACAAGAAC